UCACAAUUCAAGACACAGAAUAAUGCAGACGAAAAACAAGUCUUAAUGUGAAAACCUCAAGAUAAUUACUGACUUAGAAAUUAAGCAUUUAAGUGGGGAAUUUUUUUUCUUGAUUUUGAUCAACUAGUGGGUGCAACAACUCUAAUAGGGUUGAACUAAGUUUUGCCCUCUAAAACUUUAUCACUAUCAGAACCUAAUCUGCCAACCUCAAAACCCCACUCUCCAAUUCUUCACUAUAUAAACAACUCCCCUUUCUCCAUUAGUCUCCCACAAAGCAAAGCAAAGCAAAGCAAAACACAACUCAAUUCAUAUAUAGUUUUGCCAAAAAGAAAAAAGAAACUAAGAAAAAGACUCGAACCAAGAUGAAGGGCUUUAAGAAUACCACCUUUUUCUUCGUCUUAUCUGCCUUGCUGCUCUUCACGAGCACAAUGCCGAUAACAAAUGCAGAAGUUCACUCUCAUACGUUUGUGGUGCAAGCAACUCCGGUGAAGAGGCUGUGCAAAACUCGAAGCACCAUAACAGUAAACGGGAUGUUCCCAGGACCGACACUCGAAGUGCAAAAUGGUGACAGUCUAGUCGUCAAUGUUGUUAACCGAGCUCGUUAUAACGUCACCAUUCACUGGCAUGGGGUGAGGCAGAUGAGGACUGGAUGGGCCGAUGGCCCAGAAUUCGUGACUCAAUGCCCAAUAAGGCCAGGAGGAAGUUACACCUACCGAUUCACGAUCCAAGGACAAGAAGGCACACUUUGGUGGCAUGCUCACAGUUCAUGGCUGAGAGCCACCGUUUAUGGAGCUUUGAUCAUUCGCCCCCGAGAAUCUUACCCUUUCAAGAAGCCAAACCGCGAGAGUACCCUUCUUCUUGGUGAAUGGUGGAAUGCAAACCCAAUUGAUGUUGUGAGACAGGCCAUGAGAACAGGGGCUGCUCCUAAUGUAUCCGAUGCUUACACGAUCAACGGUCAACCCGGCGAUCUCUACAAUUGCUCUAGCAACGACACUACAAUAGUCCCGGUCGACUCGGGUGAAACAAACCUCCUCAGAGUCGUCAACUCAGCCCUAAACCAGCAGCUCUUCUUCAAAAUCGCCAACCACAAGCUCACGGUAGUUGGGGCCGACGCCUCCUACGUGAAGCCCUUCACCACCGACGUCCUCAUGCUCGGGCCGGGCCAGACCACCGAUGUCCUCAUCAAAACCGACCAGCCCGCGGCCCGUUACUACAUUGCGGCCCGAGCCUACGCCAGUGCGCAGGGCGCCCCAUUCGACAACACCACCACAACUGCAAUCCUCGAGUACAAAUCUACCCCCUGCACGGCCCGUUGUUCCAAGAUCAAGCCCGUUAUGCCCUCCAUGCCCGCUUUUAACGACACGCCCACGGCAACUGCUUUCACAACGAGCUUCAGAAGCCCAAACCGAGCUCCCGUCCCCACCAACAUUGACCACAGCCUUUUCUUCACGGUCGGGCUCGGGCUUUUCAAUUGCCCGCCUGGCGCAAGCCGAAGCACGUGCCAGGGCCCGAACGGGACCCGGUUCGGAGCCAGCAUGAACAACGUCUCGUUCGUGCUCCCGUCGAAUUUUUCCUUGCUCCAAGCACAUAAGCAAGGCAUACAAGGGGUUUUCACGAGCGAUUUCCCUGGGAACCCGCCAGUUCAGUUCGACUACACGGGGAACGUGAGUCGGGCCCUGUGGCAGCCCGUGCGCGGGACUAAGGUUUACAGGAUCAAGUAUGGGGAGACGGUUCAGGUGGUGCUGCAGGGGACGAGCAUCUUCACUGCUGAGAAUCACCCGAUCCAUUUGCACGGUUACGAUUUCUACAUAGUUGCAGAAGGUUUUGGGAAUUUUAACCAGGGAAGGGACGCGUCAAAAUUCAAUCUGGUGGAUCCUCCUCUGAGGAACACUGCCAGUGUGCCUGUAGGUGGAUGGGCUGUGAUCAGAUUUGUUGCCGAUAAUCCAGGGGUGUGGCUGCUGCAUUGCCACUUGGAUGUCCAUAUCGGGUGGGGUUUGGCAAUGGCUUUCGUGGUCGAAGAUGGUGUUAGUCCACUUCAGAAGUUAGAGGCGCCUCCUAAGGAUCUUCCUGUCUGUUAGCUGAAGUAACAUAAGAUUUUCAUAACAAAUUAUGGUUUCUAGCAGAAAAGAAUCAGUAAUGUGCUGGUUAAAAGAAACAUACGAGUUGUACUGUUGUUUAUCCCCCACUGGGGGGCUGUUUUGUUUUUUUUUUAUUUUUUUUGUUCUUUCAUCAUUGUUGGAUUUGUUAUAUAGGAAAAUAUGCAAGAUGAGAUGGUGCAAUAUCUCCAGCAAAGCACCAUAUAUGAAUGUAGUUGUAUUGUUUUCCCCAAACAUUUGAAGAAGAUAUUUUUAAAAGUUUUUACUAUUUUUUGCUCCUGCAAUGAGUCCUUAACAUGAACUGCAAAACUUUAUUCCAAUAUAUGAGCAACCAAAUGGAACCAAUAAAACAAUGAAUGCUUCUUAAGAAACGGUUUUGAACAUUUUUGGCGGCCCGUAUUAUAUCUGGUUCGUGGUCGAGCAUUUUCUGGUUCUAACCGGUAUAUCGUGAAUGCUUUAAGAGUUAUUUAUACCAGCCCAAUCAACCGGCAUUCAAAUUAACUGAUCGGUAUCGUACUAUAUUUUCAUCAGCUUACACAACAAUUAAUCUAUACACGGUCACUACACGUGGCGAAAAAAAGUGAAAACACACAUUUUAGGUUACCAAUGAAGUGACUGAGCAUUAACUUCAUCACCAAAUCAUAAACACAUUCCAUUUACAUUCCGGUUCAGUUUCCUUCAACAGCCCAUCCAAAAAAUUAACUCAUCAC